UCUAAUUAACAAUAAAAAAAUACACUUAAAAAAUAAGAAUAGAAAUCUGACCUUGUACCGAGUAUAAGAUGCCAAGAACAUCAAAAUACAAUAAUUCUGAACUUCUGCAUAUCUGAUUAUGACUGGCAUUUCUUAAAAGGAACUUGUAUUUAAUUUGUAUAUGUAUUUGUGUUGUCAACGUAUUUAGUAUUUAAAAGCGAAGCAUGUUUGAAACAAACAAAUUUUUGGAAUUAAGAGAAUUCUGCCUUACUGAAAGAGUCAGACUAGUCUCAAAGAUGUCAACACUGCCAUCUCCUGGACGCCUUAGAGCAAAACGCCCCUAUCUCUGCUGUUUACAAGAAACGGCGUUAAGCAAGUCUUUUAUUAACUCCUCAACUACUGGGGAAAAAUGCACCCGUCUCGCGAAAUAAUGAGUCUACUGAAUAAUACAUUCAUAGUCGAAUAAUAAGUUAAAGAUUGGAAGUCUUCCGUGCUUCUUCUUUUUCAGUCUAUGAUUCUGUCUCGCAAGAAGUCGGGUUUGAUUGGUUUUCCUGACUCGAGGCUCCACUCUUCGGUCAUCUGAUCGCGUCUGAGACGCAAACUGAUCGUCCCCCAAAAGCGGAGCGUUUUCCUCGUCGGAUUUCCACAGUAAGAUUAAAGUACGAGCGAAGACAUGGAAACCUGUUUAAAAUCCUUGAAGCUGGAGAUUUGAGAUUGUGUGACAGAAGCGGAAAAUGGUCGAAUCCGUUUUUGCCAUUUCUGUGUGAGGACGUGAAGACAACAAGCCAGUAACCCUAUCUGUGUGUUUUUCCCUCCUAAUUUUUCCAGCUUUUCAUUGUUCUUGGAAAGUUGUGUGCCCCCUGUUGCAUUGAGGCAUUUUGGGAGUCUGCCGCUUUUAGGCCCCGCCUCCCUUCAGUUGGCACAGAUAAAGACUCAGUUGGCACUGCACCAGCUAAAUGCAAUUGCUGGCACAAGUGUCCCUCCGCCUCCAAUUACUUUCCCUGCUUUGACCUUGCUCAACUUGCUCAAGGUCACCAUGUCGCAUCCUUUAUAUAAUCCCCGUGGAGGGCCAUUUUCCAGUGGUCAGAGACCCGUCGGUCAGAGACCCGUUGUGCCUGGCCAGUAUGGUCUUGGGUCACAGCCUCGAAUGGAGCUAGGGGCAGCCCGUCUUGGCCCGGGUUCCAUAUCCGGUGCUCGCGGGGGACUGAUGGUCAACCAGCCCCUCUCACUGGGACAGCGCCAGGCUCAGAUUUCCCCAGAUCUUGAAGCCGCCAUAGACAGGAACCUUCGGGGAGCCCGCGAGGAAGUUCGUCUUCUCACUCAAAUGCUCCAUCAACCCAAAAAAACAGAUCCCCGUCUGAGAGAGGAUGCAAGGGAUGAAGCGCUUCCAUCCGGCAGCGGCUUUUCAGGGACUUCGCGAUCUGAUGAAGUGGACUGGUCCUUAUACCAAGCCCCAGGCAAACUCAUUUCAUCUUCAAGUUUGGACCGUCCUUCCAGUUCUUCACAGCUGUUCCCAUCUGCAAGUUUUGUUGGAGGAUCAAGUGGUUUGGACAGCCAGCCUCCGCCAGAAAAGCGGCCUUCACGCUACACCUCUGAAAGUGCCAGCAGCCUCCUAGCAAGUUUUGGACUCUCCAACGAGGACCUAGAACUUCUGAGCCACUAUCCAGAUGAUCAGCUGACCCCCGACAACCUGCCGUUUAUUUUACGAGACAUCCGAAUGCGUAAAGCCAAGAGGGACGUUGAUGCGAGAUCGGAAUACAACAAAGUUAUUGACUAUGGACAUUCUAGAAAAAAUGACUAUCCAGACGAGACUCCAGAUGGAUUUGCAAGUAAACACCUUCCUAAAGAGUCACCAAAGUUUGUGAGGGAGGUCUCUGGACCACCCUUCAUUGGCAUGGACAUCACAAAGCCUCCUCCGCCGUGUCAGCCAGCUCCAAGCCCUGUGCAAGUUCCAAAGCUUCAGAAACCUCCGCCUGUAGAUCCGAGACCCUCCAAGACGAUUCCAGCGAGACCAUCUGCUUCCCAGCCUGUUCUGCAGCCUCCCAGUCGACCUCCUCUACCUCUACAGAUACCGCCUCAACUUGGUGUUCUUCCUAUGAUGACCGUUGACGACAUCUCCAGAAGUCUGAAUCCCAACUGGAUCCCGUUCCUUUCACCUGCAAUCAGCGCGCCUGCCAUGAAGAGGCUUCCAACGCCGACCAUGAUGAACGAUUACUCCGCAGCUACACCAAGAAUCUUUCCUCAUACAUGCUCUCUAUGUAACAUUGAAUGUGUCCAGAUUAAGGACUGGCUUGAGCAUCAGAAUACAAAUCUUCACAUUGAGAGUUGUAGACGUCUUAGGAAACAAUAUCCUGACUGGAAUGUUGAGUCUGUCCCCGUUUCAAGACCUGAGCCAAAAACAGAACACAGCAGAUCAAAGCGUCACACUCGAUCGCACUCAUACUCCAGAUCCCCCAGUCCAAAGCGGCACCAUGAAUCCUCAAGCCGACGUAAGCGAUCCCGUUCACGCUCCCGCUCCCGAUCCAGUUCUCGAUCCCGAAGCUCUAGAAGGUACCGGCGUUCCAGAAGUCACAGCCGGUCCCCCCAUAGGAAGUCUCGAAGCAGUCCUUACAGACGGAGGACCCGUAGUCCACCAUCUCAUCGGUCAAGGUCUCCAGGUUACAGUAGGCGCUCUCCUGUACGCCGUUCGAGCCCCCGUCGUUCGAGCCCAUCCUGGCAACAGAGAUCUAGCAGUAGUGAACGAUUGGCCAUGAAACUCAUUUCAUCAACUGAGUUUUCUUCAAUCGCAGACAGUAGUACUUUGAAGGCUGUUGUGAAGUCCUUGGCACCAGCCCUGCUAGCUGAGCUAGCAAAGAAGAAAAGUAGUUCCACUGCUUCCUCAUCAAAGGGAAGCAGUAGCAGCAGUAGCUGGAAACGGCCGCCCUCUCCUAAGAGAGCGGAGUACUCCAAGUCAAGCAGGAGCUCCACCUCAAAGUCCUCCAGCACUCCAAGGCCAAGGCCCAAGGAUGCCCCUGGCACAUCCUGUUUGUUGAGGCUCAUUGGAGUUCCUCAUGGGACUACAAGCAAAGAACUGACUGAUGCCAUCGAGCCUUUUGGCAAGAUUUAUACUGCCAUCCUUCUCAAGGCAAUUAGAGAGGCCUCGGUGUGUAUGGAGAGAGAGGAGGAUGCCAAAGCUUUGCUCAACUAUAAGAACCUGAUGAUUCGUGGACAGUUUGUUAAAGUCUGCAUGGAGAAGGAUGCAAGAGAUGAUGAUGAUGAUGGGAGAAAAUCUGUUAAGACCGAAAAACCUGUUAAGAAAAAAGAGGUGACUACAACAACAGAACCAACCCAAUCAGCAAAAGUAAAGGGUGCAGACCCAGUUAAGGCACCUCAGACAGCAAAAGCAAAAGAUGUGACCGGAUCCAAGACGUCUCAAGUGACCAAGGGAAAACCGAGCGACCCCAAAAAGACUGUUCAGACAGCUAAAGCUAAACCCCUUGCUAAGGGUUCAGAGACAGCAGUUGCAAAGAAAUUGGUGAAGAAGGAAGUACCCUGGAGAAAAAAUAUAAUUGAGAUUACAAAUCUUCCAGAGGAGGGGGUUACUGAGGAUGACCUCACCAACCUUGCUAAACCAUAUGGCUUCAGUGCAACUCCUCUCAUAGCAAUCAAUCAAAAAAAGGCGUAUCUGCAGAUGCCCAACACAGAGACAGUUGAAGCAAUGGUGAAGGCCUGCUCUGAGACCCCAGCUAAAGUACAAGACAAGGAGAUCACUGUUAAGAUGAUGAUGCAACCUAUUGACCUGAAUUACACUGAGUCAGUAUUCAGAGUGCUAAUGGACAUGGAGAAAUCACCUGAAAUCAUCACAUUGCCAGAACGCCUUCUCAUUGUUGGCAAUGUGCCAAAAACACUUGGGGCAAUCAAGGAAGUAGAGACCAUAAUUAAACGCCAUGGUACCUUCAAGAAAGUUUUGCCACUUAAUGGCAGGAUUAUUUUUGAGAUGGAGAAUGCUAAUACCGCAAGGGCUCUCUUCACUCGCUUCCUCAAGAUUCGAUGUGUGGUCCAGAACAGUGCCCUUAGCUUCCAACUAGCCAGACCAGUCAAGUUUAAAAAGAAGACUGAAGCAAAAGGAGCAAACCCUCCUGAUACAACAAUAAAAAAAACGAAUAUCGUCAAAGCCCAAAAGGUAGUAGCUGCAUCUACUGCAGGUCCACCUGUCCCAAAAGACAAAGCUCCCAAAACUACUGCUAGUACUGCAGCUAAAAAAGAUGAAAUUAUUAUUAUAAGCGAUAGUGAAGUAAGUUUGAAUGAAAGUGUUGCUGAUGAAAAGAUGAAUAUUGAUACAGCUGCAACUAAAGUUACUGCAGUUCCCGAAGACAAUACAGUUGAUGGGUCUGCUAAUGCAGAAACAACUACUACUGAGAAUAAAGCAGAGAAGGAUACCCAAGAUGUUAAUGAAACUCUCAUGGAGACCCCUGAAACCGAAUCUGUGAUAAAAGAGGAUGAAGCUGCAUCCUUAGUUCCCACGGCUGAAUCUGAGAUUGUGAAUAAGAAGCUUGAAGUUGAGUCCUCCGUUUCCUCUUCAGGAUCUGCCGGUUCGGCUGAGUCUGGGAAAGCGGAGUUUAAAGUUGAAUCAUCAGUGCCUGCAGAAUCUGCUGAUUCAGUUACAUCUCCAAACACAGAGCCUGAAGGUGGAUCCACAGUUCUUGCUUCAGAAUCUGGAAAAACAGAGCUUGAGGUUGCAUCGGCUGUUUCCACUUCAGAGCCUGCAGUUUCAGUGGAGUCUGCAGAAGAAGAGCAUGAAUUGGCUUCCAUUUCAAUCGACUCGACCGAUCAAACAGGAACAUUGCUUAAGAAAGACAAUCAGAAUGUCCUGCAGGCUGACGAUGUUCCCAAAGAACUGGUUCCUACAUCUGUGGAAGAAAGCAAAACUGACAAUUCAAAGUUAGAAGAAGACAAUAAUGUUGACUCCAAGUCAGAAAUGGAGAUUGUUGCUUCAACUGUUAGCAGUGAGGAAACUGCAGUAGAGGCUAUGGAGACCCAGAGUCCAGAAGAUCCUACCAAAGGCAUUGAUAUCAAAGAUGAUGUUUUAGAAACUGACAAGCUCAAGAUUGAAGACAAGGGACAAACUAAUGACUUGAAACCAACUGAACCUUUAGAGAUGGACAUAAAUCCUCAGUCUAGUAAUGAUAAUGAACCUGUUGGAGAGAAUGUCCCUGCAGCUGACCUACCCUCCACUUCUGAUCAAACGGUCAGUAAUUCAUCUGUCACAGUUACAUGUGCCUCAAAAAGUCCUCAACCGGUGCUUGAGCCCAUCCAGAUUGAUGACGAUUCUCUGGACUUUCCUCCGGUUACACAGGAGAUUUUAAAGGCCCUUGAAUUAGCUGUCCAUCAAUGUCGCUUACAGUCUUCACUAAAACGUGCUGAAGAAGAAGCCAGACAGAAUGCAGAAAUGGAGAAAAAAGUUGCAGAGAAGAAAACCGCAAAAGGUCCGUCAAGCUCAAAGAAGCCUGCUCAAGCUACGAAGAAGACCACUCAAGCUGAGAGUAAAAAGAUUCAGAACGAGAAAGAGAAAAAGUCUCCAAAUUCUGGGUCAAAGAGUAAGCCUGCAGACACCUCGUCCCCAGAGAAAGAGCCAAUGUCUAGAUUCAGGAGCAGGGGUAAUUCUGAAGAAGAGGGCCCUAGCACCAGACGUGGGGGAUCCUCUGGGUCCUCCUCCUCCCGGAGGAGCAGGCGGGAGUCCACUCCUCCAUCAAAGCGUUUAAGGGGGCAUGAUAUUGAUCACAGGGUGAGCAAAAACUCACAGCCUUCAAGAAGUCAAUCAAAAACAAGGACGGCUGAAAAGGAAAACAGUGAGGAACCGUUUCCAUUUAACAUUGAUGAGUUUGUGACCGUUGAUGAAGUAGGGGAUGAUGCAGAGGAGACUGGGGUCUCAAAUACUGAGUCAUCGGUCAAGGAUGAGAAGAUUAAGGAUAAACCCGAUUCCAACGCUGUAGUCUCUCCUAUUGCGGAGUCCGAUUCAGGUGAUCAAACGAAACAAACCGACGACAUUGUUGGUUGUGAAUCUGCAGAUAAAACAGAAGCCAGUAUUGAAGAAACCACACCAGCUGUAGAAGUUGUUGCACCUCUAAAGCCAGAAGAGCAAGAGUCUCAGGAAGAGAGUGCUGAUAAACCACUGGGAACUGAUAGGAUGGAAACUGCUGCUGACAACGAGACAACAGAGCCUUGUACUGUAGCAGAAAGUGCUUCAGCAUCAAUGGACAGCAAUGUUGAGACCAUGAAAGAAGACCCUGACAUUGGGAACUUGGAUGAAUUCGUGCCAAGCAAGUCAGUUUCUUCCUCUCCUUCACAGAAGGGACCCUGCCCACCAACGUCUGCAGAAACUUUAGAGAAAUCAGACGAUUUCGAUCCCGAGGAGCCUGAAACCUCUGCCCUAAUGAUGGACAAUAAUGUUGAGGCAACUCUGAACUCUGAAAGUCCAUCCCAUGAUGCGAUGGUCACUCUUGAUGAGGUCAGUGAGAUGGAGGAAGAUUUUCCCGAUGAAACAAAUGAGGAACAGCAUUCGAAGGCUGAUGAAGUGCCUGAGACACUUGUAACGGUUGAUGAGGUUGGAGAUGAUGAAAUGGGGUGUGAAGAAUACCAGUUGGACAAAGAACUCGAAGGCUUAGUUACAUUGGAUGAGAUUGUUGACGAAGAGGAGGAGUUUGAUUCAUUCAAUCCUGAGACUCUUGUAACCCUGGAUGAGGCCAAGGGUGACGAUGAGGAGAUUGAGGAAGUGGAGCAUAGUGAAGACAAGCCAACUACCCCAACACCAGUCAUACCAGAAGAGCCUGUGAAAUCACCAAGCCAAGAAGAGCAUGUCUGUGACCUUGAAGAGCUCCGCAAGAUGAACUUUGUAACUGUGGACGAAGUUGGGGAGGAGGAAGAGGAACAACCACCCAGCGAAGAUGUCAAAGAGGUGAAACAAGUUAAAAAGAGAGCAACAAGGGCCAAAAAGAAAACUCCCCAGGCCCCAGUAAGGAGAUCCACAAGAGGUAAAAGAGGAGCGACAAAGAUGGCUGAAGAAGCAGAGGAGCCCGAGACGAAUGUGGAGUGUGAACCAGAGGCAGGUGCUUCUGUAAGCAAGAGUCCUCCUGCAGCUGUCGAAUCCAUGGAUCUCAAUGUUAAGCCAGAAAAGCACAAGGCUGAAACCGUGAAAGUUCCUGAAUCAUCGACUGCAGAGGUCUCCUCAGGGCCAGAAGAGGACAGGACGAGAACUGAAGAUAAUGACAACUCUAAGUCAGAAGGUGAUGCUGUUGACACACCAGUCUUUGACAAAAAAUCUUCAAUCAAAGAUGUGUCGAAGCAACGGCAGGAGAAGGAGCCGACUCAGGAACCAGAGGCUAAGAAAGCCCGCUCUGAUUCCCCUGUGAUUGAAGACUUCACCAUGCCGCCGUUUAACCCAAACAAACCUGUUGGGCUUGAUUUUGUGGUACCCAAGAUGGGUUUCUUCUGCAGAAUCUGCUCUGUAUUUUAUGGCAAUGAGGAAACUACUAAGAGAAAUCACUGUUGUACCCUAAAGCAUUACCAGAACAUGGAGAAUUACUACAAGAAUCUCAAGUCUCAGAAGCAGGGUGAUUGCUCAACACAGACAACACUCAGUCAUAGUUCUGCUUCUAAUGAAUAGCCCUUGCUAAAAGGUUUUUGUUUUUUGUUAACAGAUGGGUCCAAUUGUUUUGCUGUAAAGUUUUAUUAAUUUUUCUUGUUUAGAAUGAAAUGCUUUGGCUUGUGCUAAAUAAAGGUAACAUAUAAUCAGA